CUCCACUGCAAUGCAAACCCAUCAAUGGCCCUCCUCUUCAAAACCACCCUCAAACCCCAGCACCACCGCCUCCUCCGCCGCACCUUCAUCGCCGCGAAGAUCAAAUGGGUUCGCGACCCCUACCUUGACGAAGCCGUCUCCAAGGAGAAAAACCUCAAGCCCCUCCUCGCCCUCAAAACUCUAAUCCUCUCCGCCCCUUCCAAAACUCUCCCCGCCGCCGUCGCUGCCGUCAACAAACCCCAGUUCCGCCUCCCCACCACCGCUCUCAAUUUCUUCCAUAAAUACCCCUCCGUCUUUCGAAUAUUCCUACCCAAACCCCUCUCCACUCCUCACGUGCGCCUGACGCCCCAAGCCAUAGCCCUCCACAACGAAGAACUCGCCGUCCACGCCUCGCCGGAGCGUCUCAAAGAAGCGGCGGAGCGGCUCGCGAAGUUUCUGAUGUUGGCCGGUGCCCGGAGGCUACCGCUGCGUAUUGUGGAUUGUUUUAGGUUUGACCUCGGUCUUCCUGAUAACUACAUCACUGGCAUUUGCUGUGAUUUUCCUGAGUAUUUUCAAAUCAGCAGUGGAAAUGACCCAGAACUUUUGGAUUUGGAAUUGGUUUCUUGGAGGGAAAAUCUUGCUUGUUCAGUACUGGAAAAGAGGGCAAUGAAUGGGAAUUCGGAUAUUAGGAAAGGAAUGAGAAUUGCAUUUCCAAUGUUCUUUUCAAGAGGAUUUGAUUUGCAGAAGAAGGUGAAGGAUUGGUUGGAUGAAUGGCAAAAUUUGCCUUACAUUUCACCAUAUGAGAACGGGUUCCAUCUGAAUCCGAAUAGUGAUCAGGCGGAGAAGUGGGCAGUGGCAGUUCUUCACGAGUUGCUUAGUCUUAUGGUGUCAAAGAAGACGGAGAGGGACAAUAUUUUUUGGUUGGGUGAGUAUUUGGGGUUUGGGUCGAGGUUUAAGAAGGCUUUGGUUCGUUAUGCGGGUAUUUUCUAUGUUUCAAAUAAGAUUAGGACCCGUACUGUGGUGCUUAGGGAGGCUUAUAGGAAGGACUUUUUGCUUGAGAAUCAUCCACUGAUGGGUAUGCGGCAUCGGUACAUCCACUUGAUGAAUAAAUCAGAGAAAAUGAGGUAUCAGAAUGCUGACUUCUUGAAUAAAUUGAAGCAGGAUUGCAAAGGCGAUUGUAAAUUAGAAAAUCAAGCAGUUUCGUGUGGGAGAAGAGUUAGUGGGAGAACAGGUUGAUGAAAGUUGUCAUGCCCCACUCUCCACCCAAUAUGGUGAAGUUGAGUGCUGCAGUGGCGCACACUUGGCACAAAGGCCUCGAUAUUGUUGGGUGAAAGUCCUUCAUAUAUGAUUUUCACCAUUCACUCCCAAGGCGAUGUGGUGUCCUACAAUCCACCUCAUUGGGGGGGCAGUGUCCUCGCUGAAACACUUUCGGCCGGAGAUCAGGCUCUGAUACCAUUUUGUCACGCCCCACUCUUCACCCGAAUUUGGUUGGUAUCAUCUAUAUCUUGUUCAACUAGCAAGGCUAUUUUAACUAGUUAAGAGUAGUCCCUUAUAACUAAUGAACCACCCUAAUCCUGAUGGAAGGCAUCAACCCCUGUUGGAACCUCCUUGCUUUCUCCCCUUCCUCACUGAUUAUGCCCACACCAAAUUUGGACAAUUCAGAAAAGUGAGACUCGUACUCCAACACUGUCAUGGUUCCCUGAAUGAGAUGCUCAAACUCAAUCCUUUUGGCAUGCUUAGCCACUUCCCCAAAAUAUUUAUCUAGAAAAAUUCUCUCAAAUUAAUCCCAAGUCAUUGCAUCUGUAUCAUACACUCUUUUCAUGGUCUCCCACUAGAAAUCUACUUUAUCUACCAGCAUGUAUGCCGCCAAGUUAACCCUCCUCUUCUCUGGAAUGUCCAGUCCCUCCUAUAUUCUCCUGCAUCUCAGCCAAUUUUCUCUGCAAUUGGUUCCCCAGUAAAAGAUGGAUAAGGAGUGGGGCGUGACACAAGUAGUCAGAAGAUUCAAUUUCAAGGGGUUAGUGGAAUGGGAUUAAGUUGUAAAUGCAAUGGAUGAUAGUGAGAGUGUUGUAGUUAAAAGGGUGAAAACAUUUGGAAAGGAUGGCUUCAAGAUGGGGAGGCUACUGAAGUUUUUGAAUUGGGAAGCCUGACAAAGGCACUUCAAUCGGACAAAGGAGACAAUUCUUGGAACAUUUUCUAGAGGGGGAGAAGAAAAAAAGAAAUCUGGUGGGAAUUUUAUGAAAGAGCUAAUUAUGUGAUAACUGGGUUAGAUAAUUGAUUAACAACUGAACUUUUAUUUAAGAGCAAUCUGGAUGUUUUUGCUUACACUCUAUGUAGCUUUUUUGAUGAAAGAAAGAUUGUGUGGGGAAUACUUGAAUUGGACAAAGGACACACCUCAUGUAACAUUUUUGUGUGAAACAGAGGCACAAUGCAGGUGAAGAUUAGCUGCAUAAUGAUGUGAUAAGGAGACUUUGCUACUCUCGAUGCAGACCUGGACUGAGACACUAUGGCAGUAGGAAGAAAUGGAUUCCGUUGGCAGAUCAGGGUGCAGUUGGGAUUGGUUGGUUGAUCCAGCUGCAUGAUUUGAUGAAAUCCAGAAGCAAUGGAGAUCUUGAUGAUGGUUUUGGAUAUAGUGCCCCAUGAAAAGGGCACACCAAAGUAUACACGGUAUAUACAAAAGGCACCCCAAACAAACGAAAGAGAAAGGAGAAUGCCUAAAACAAGCUCAACCAGUCAACAAAACCUAUCAUUGUCAUCGAAUGAUCGUCUUUGUACACCAUAAUCCAUUCAGAAAAAAAUACACAUGAUAGAUGGCUUAAUGGCUUGGUCUGUCUGUUCGACAUCUUCAAAUGCCGGCCUAUAUUUUUCUAUUUGUAAAAUCCAAAAUAAGUACAAAGUAGCAAUCAUCCAAGUUUUUUCUUUGUUUCUUCUCCCUUGCAAUGAAGAGUGAGUUGGAUUUGAUUGUCCUUUUUGUUCAAUUAUGGAUAAGGUGUUGUGUGGAAGAGCUUUUAAGAAAGGUUCAUUACUAUAAACAAUUUAUUUUUCCUUUUUUUCAA